UCUCCGUCUCGCUUCCCCAAGCCUCAACAUCACCACAUCGCUUUACACGCGGCCUGUCCCUGCCCUGUCACUCUUCCUUUCGGCUGUUUUCAUAGUUUCACUCCAUCUUCUAUCGCCCGCAAGGUCGCCAAAUCUGUCAAGAUGGCCACCGAACUUUGCCCCGUUUACGCACCCUUUUUCGGUGCCCUUGGCUGCACCUCGGCCAUCGUCUUCACCUGCUUCGGAGCUGCCUAUGGAACUGCCAAGGCUGGUGUCGGUGUCUGUGGAAUGGCCGUCCUCAGACCUGACCUGAUCGUCAAGAACAUUGUCCCCAUUGUCAUGGCGGGUAUCAUUGGUAUCUACGGUCUGGUCGUGUCGGUCCUGAUUGCAAACGAUUUGGGACAGAAGGUCCCCUUGUACACUGGUUUCAUUCAGCUGGGAGCAGGUCUCGCCGUCGGUUUGGCUGGUAUGGCAGCUGGUUUUGCCAUUGGUAUCGUUGGUGACGCAGGUGUUCGUGGAACUGCUCAACAGCCCCGUCUCUAUGUCGGAAUGAUUUUGAUUCUCAUUUUCGCUGAAGUCUUGGGUCUGUACGGUCUUAUCGUUGCUCUUCUGAUGAACUCCCGUUCGAGGAUCGACGCCACUUGCUAAACGAACCCUCCUUCGUUCCGCGCGAAAUGGCCCAAGUGAACACCCGCCCGAGGAUGCCAACCACCCUAUAUCCUCGGAUAUGAUGAAAA